CCUCCCCUCAGCUUCACGGAGCACCAGAGCGCUUCACUGAUUUUCAUCCUCGGACGAGCAGGGUGUCAGACCCCUUCGGGAUUUAAAAAAAAAAAAAAAAAAAAAAAAGAGGAAAUAAAGCCGGGGGUUUUUCCUGCUCAAACAGAAGAAGUGCAUGAAGACACUUUGGAGCCAAGAUGGAGGCCUGGCCAGCAGUGGCCUGGAUCCUUCUCAUGACCAGCAUUGCUGACUGGCUGAAAACUGUCCAAUCAAGGGACUUCACCAUGACGGACAUCAUCCUGCUGCAUCCCUCAACUACACCUCACCCUGGUGGCUUCAAGUGCUUCACAUGUGAAGACGCUGCAGACAACUACGAGUGUAAUCGCUGGGCCCCGGAUGUUUACUGUCCCAAAGAUGCCAAAUACUGUUACACUCGACAUACGAUGGAUACAAAUGGAGAGAGUGUGUCUGUGACCAAGAGGUGUGCGACGUCUCAGGACUGUCUGUACACCGGCUGUGAUGACGUUCCCGAUAGCGGCAAGCGAGUGUGUUCGUCCUGCUGUGAGGGAAACAUCUGUAACGUUUUGGUGCCGAGGAAUCAGAGCGGCGCCGUCUUCUCCGCCACUUCUCACCUGGUCAGCUCCGGCGGACGACUUUUACCCACAAUGCUGAGCUGCGUCAUCAUUAGCAACAGCAUUUUAAGAGCAGCUGUUUAAGAGGGAAAGUCUGCAUUUUCAUCAAAACACAACAACAACAA